UUAAACAACUUUAUUAUCAUUGUUUUUACGGAAAUUACAACUCUUUGAAUCUUUUUCACGAUUAAGAGACGCUGCUUUUAUUUCAAUUAAAAAGUGACAAAUUCAUUUAAAAUAAAAUUUUUAAUGCUACCAACGCGACAAUAUUGAUUGGCUAUGAGUAAUUUUCGAUAGAUGGUGCUGCAAUCAUUGUGUGCCAGAUUCUCCUCUGCCUAAUUUUCUUUGGUUAGCGCAGCGUCAAUAAUACAUAAACUACCCCAAAUAAAAUGCGGCUAUUUAAAAUCUGGUCGUCGACAAUGUAAGAGUCACGAUCUUUCCUCGGGCCAUUAAAGGCCAUCCUUCUUUAAUCAUGAGAGCCAUCCUUUUGUUUGUAAUUUUACUUCAAAUGUGGAGCAGCACAAUUCAACUAUGUCCGCAACAUUGUUCAUGCAAACCAGUUGGUGCUCAAGCUGAGUGGUUGCGUCUGAAAUGUGGUGAUCGCUUACAAGAAAUCAAGGAUGUGGAUAUCAAUAGAGUUAGCGUAGAACUCAUACAACUGGACUUAAGUAAAAAUGCCAUUUACAUUAUACAAGCGGACAUAUUUGUGAACUUAACAAAUCUUAAAAGACUUGAUUUGUCCAAGAACAAAAUUAGCACUAUAGGCGAAGGUUGUUUCAAUGGCCUUGAAAAUUUGGAAAGACUAGAUUUAAGUCAGAAUCAGAUAUCAACAAUAGACAGCUAUGCAUUCAAGAAAUUAUUAAACCUCAAACGUCUCGAUUUGUCUGGAAAUAAAAUAACAGCUCUGGUGCCAUCCUUAUUUCAUGAUUUGCUGGCCUUAGAUCGCUUGAAAUUAAGUGGAAACAGUUUAACCACAUUAAUAGAAGGAACAUUCCAUGGACUCAACAUGUUAAAGCAGCUGGACCUGUCUAAUAAUCCUUGGAAAUGCAAUUGCGACUUAUAUUGGUUUAGUAAUUGGGUCUAUAAUUCGUCAAUUAAACUAAACCCACCGCCAAAGUGCAUGUCGCCGCAGUACGCCGAAGGGCAGCCAGUGAAGAAGAUAAAAUUCUUGGAGCAACUGCAGUGUCAGUGGAUAUCACCAGCUAUCGAGAUACGACCAGUUCAGAAUCAGGUGGUCUUCGCCGGUGAUUCGAUCACGUUGAAGUGCAGGGCGCCCAGCAUCACGAUAGACAAGUCAGCCAGACUAAAUUGGCUGUGGUAUCCUAACGCAUCCGCCGAAGUCGUGGAUCUAAGCGCUUACAAAGAUCCACGAGCGAACUUGCCUAACAUCAGAGUGGACAAUAGAUAUCUUUCGGAUAGCGGCAUCGUAGACAGUGCUCUCAGUAUAGUUCCAGUUAAAGAGGAGCACAACGGACAAUGGAAUUGUUUGCUAGUUUCCGUGAACGGCAACAAGUCGAAAGCGGUCAGUGUGAUUGUGAUAUCUGAGCACACGCAAUAUUGUCCUCUGGCAGUGACUAAGAACAACAAAGGUGUCUACACAUGGCCGAAAACGAUAGUAGGAUGGAAAGCGGAAUUACCGUGCGAAGGGAGUCGCCUGUCGGGCCUGAUGCAACUGCCGUUGAAAGCUUCUUAUCUCUGUAACAUGAACGGUCAAUGGGAACAUCUGAAUACAGAGUCGUGUCCGUACAUAUCUCACACGACGAAGAUCCUCGAACAAUUCUCAAAGGUGAAUCUAUCACUGACGAAGGGAAGUCUGCUGGAGACAGCGAAGCGAUUCAAGAAUUACACGGGGAACGGUUCGGUGAAACUGACAGACCCGGUCGAGGUGAAUUUCGUAGUGCGAACGAUAGAGAAUUAUCUGAACUUUUUAGUAGAUGAGAAAGAACUCGGUCCGAUGUUGGUCGACAUCAUCAGCUCGAUGAUGACAUUGUCGAAAGAGACGCUGAGACGAGCCGAAAUGAAUUUCAAAGCUUGCACGAGGCUGAUCAAAGCCAUCGAGCGCAUAACGGAAUUCACGCCGUCUAUACAGUCCCACAAGAAGCACAUGGCGCUCGAGGAGUUUCGCGUAAAGCGCGAUAACUUCGGCGGUUUGACGUGCACUUGGUACGCAAACGUCGCGGGUGUCACGGACAGCACCACCACGGACUCGGAUACGAGGUUUCUGCAUUGCACGACGAUCAACAGGACGACACCGAUCAACGCGAACGAUAAGGUGAUAGAAGCUUCCAUUCAGCUGCCCGCCUCGUUGCUGCAACACACGUUGGACGUUGCGGUAGCUUAUCAGCUCAUGAUAUCCAUGUACAGCGACAGCAGACUGUUUCCCAAGACAGUUGUCAACGACAGCAUGGACAUAUCGACAUGCGUAGUCGGCAGUAAAUUGAUUGGAACGCUAAUGAGAAAUCUCUCGGAGCCAGUCUACGUGAUGUUGAAGGCGCCAUUGUAUCAUUACAACGGGAAAAGACCGAGGCCGGUGGUAUGGGACGAGACGUUGAACAACGUGGGAGGUUGGACCAGCGAUGGAUGUCACCUGACGAACUUGUUGAACAACUUGAUAGUCUUCCACUGCGACAGAUUGGGGUAUUAUGGGCUCUUGCAAGAAGUCUCGCAUCUCGACAUGAACGGGAACAGCAUGCACGGGGCGAAAUUCAGGUAUUCGCACCCGGCGAUAUACAUCGGCAGUUUCGUGACGAUAACGUGUCUGAUGAUCAUGUCCGUGACGUAUAUCAUCUCCUAUACGUCCAUCACGAUGCCCAAGAAGGCGAAGCACUCGGUCAUCAACACCUGGUUCGCCAUGGCGCUAUUGUCGUUCUUGUACAGCAUCGGCAUUCAGCAGACGGAACAUAUCGAGAUCUGUCAAGGUGUCGGUCUCGCUCUACACUACUUAUCUUUGUGUUGCCUGCUGUGGAUGGCGGUAUCUGCCAGCAACAUGUAUAAAAAGUUGUCGAAACCCGGCCUCAACGUGAUACCGGACGACGAGCUUCCCGACCAGCCUAUACCGAAGCCAUUGUUGGGACUCUACCUGGUCGGCUGGGGCGUGGCUUUGAUCAUCUGCGGGAUAUCCGGUGCGAUCAACCUGCGCGAGUACGCCGGCUAUUCGCACUGCUUCCUCACGUCUGCACCGGCGCUCGCUGCGCUCUUCAUACCGUCCGGGAUCUUGAUCACGUACUUGCUGAUCUUCCUCUUGCUCAUCAAACGCGCGAUUCAGAAUGUCGACACGAACGCGCAGCUGUCCGAGGGCACUCAAGCCACGGAGAACAUGGACCUGGAGCUGCUGGAACCGAAUGCGAAUCCCUCCGGCGACAGGAACAGCGUGCACAGCACGCAGACGGUCUCGUCCGACAUUGAGGACGCGGAACAUUCGCAGUUUACGCAGUGGAAGGGCCAGGUCGUCAUGCUGAUACUGUACCUGCUAUGCUGGGCUGACGCAGCCGCGGUCACAGUCAAGCCGUUCGACACGUACGUACCAUUCGCGGAGACGCUGUUCGCCGUGCUGUACGCCGUCACCGCGAGCUCGCUCGGCGUGUUCGUGCUGUUCUUUUACGGGAUCGCGCGCAACGACGUGCGCAGUCAGUGGUUGCGGAUGCGCUGCUGGCUAGAGAAGCGGAAGAACCGCUGCUGCCGCACGAGAAGCGUGUGCGACGCGAACGCUGCGAUUCCGACCCAGCCAUUGGUGCAGAACUUCGUCCAGUCGCCGCCGUUGAAUUCGAACUCACAAGCCACGCAAGCGAUAUCCGACUCGAACUCCAUCACCUCAUCAAGGAACACCAACAGAUCGCGGAUCUACAACGGCGGCUCGAAACUCGCGGAUCUGGCAGCGGUGAACCGCGAUGUCGUGACCGCUGUCCCCGCAAACGUGAAGACGGCGGGGAACGUCAAUCUGGUGGUGCUGCACCGUCAACAGUACCGUUCCAACAACUCCGUCACCACAUAUACGGAGCCGACGUCGGCCUGCGUCGAGAUGUUCUACAACCCUCACCAGAGCGGCGUCGCCCGCAAGUUCUUCAAGAAGCAACGCAGGCACACGAAGAAGAAUAAUCUCGGGCCGAGGAAGCAGGGCGACGGCGGAGCCACCAGCGAUGGCGGUAGCUGCAUCUCCGUGCCGCGGCCCACCGUGAAGAUCAACAACAGCCUGGAACGCAGUAUCCUCAGCAGCAGCGCCAAGGUGAACAACACCAACAUACACGUCGAGCUGAACCCCAUCAACGACAUCAAGAACGUGAACAUACUGUCGGACAGUGGCGGCAGCUUGUCCGAGGAGCGGAACAUCCCGAUACGCUUCGUCAUCGGCCAGGAGAAUCUGAUGCGCAACGUCAAGAAGAUCAACAACAACAGCGCGCAACAGGAGCAUCCCUGCGAGAACGUCGCGAUGCCUGACGCGGCGCGCGGCACGCCGCAGUCGAAGAGAACGACGACGCAGGACUCUGACGCGGAGGUGAAAACCGACGAGGAGUGGCACCUGCGCAACGUCUCGCAGCAGUGUAGCUUGGAGUACAGCUCGGAGAUCGAUACGAUGACGCAGAUGACCAGCGAGCGAAGCGACCACAAUCUGCCGGAGAUCUGCGAGAGCGCGGCGGAGGCAAGCGCGAUGCAAGAGGACUGCCGUUCGCGCAUGAGGUGCCCGAGCGUAAACGAGCUCGACGACGACGUCGUGUCGGAUGCGGAGUGCCCGUCGAGGACGGACGCGUCGGCGCGCCUGUAUCUCUCCAGCAGCAUGUACUGCUUGCCGUCUGAGCACACAAGGCCGUUGACGAAUAGCUACUGCAACUCGUUGAACGACAUCGCGUCGUUGGCGAGCGUGGCGAGGCAUCGCCACGGCUACCCCAAGCAGCCGUCACUCGCGGACACGCAGAGCAGCACGACCAGCUCGAACCUGUGCGGACGAGUGGUCGAAUCGCGAGGAUCGUUCGAUCACUCCGAACGAUCUCUCUUCGAAAUCAACAGCUUGACCAGUGAUCACCCAUGCGUGUCCACGGAGACUCCUUACGCUUGCUCCCUGGCGAACAUUCAUUGCGUCUCCGAUAAAAGCCUGGAAGCGAACAACUCUUGCGCGCUCGGCGACUACCCGCAGCUGCCGCGCGUGGAUCACAAUGUCACUCUGCCUGAGUCGAAGAAUCUUCUCGGGAAGAACUUCAGUUCCCUGGCCGAUAUCGCGUCCUCGAUCGGCGGCUUGUACGAUAUCAAUAAUCUCGACUCGCCGAACGACGAGGCGAACGCGCACGAGCUCACGAGGCCGAGCGACGCACGGCAAUUUGACACCGGCGAGAUCUACUUGGACGAUGAACCGGUGAGCCGUCUGCCAGUUGUUAAGAAAGAAACGAGCGUUUAAUAUGCGUAAGAUAGGUCGUUUCGUGUUCGCGUAUACACCACACCGACAGUAUGUCGAUAUAUUUUCGCGCAUCAUUUCAUAGACUGCAUAGAAUUAAGGAACUAGCGUUUCGUUACUCUAUUUCGUUCGAUUUGUACGAUACUUUGGACCUAUAUUAAUAAUCAUUACUUAAAACUUGUCUCAUGUGAGACAUUGUUAAUAGUCGUUAAUGGCCCGUGUUAAUAGUCGUUAUUUGAAACUUGUUCUACGUGAAGUACUCAGGUCUCAGCUUAGGUGGCAUUCAAAAAAUAUCCUUUUUGAAGAAAAUUUUAUAGAAGAUCUAUAGUAUAUACAACUAUAUCUAUAGAUUUUUGACAAAAUUUUUCUCAAAAAGGACACUUUGAAAUGCAAAUUUAGAUUUAAGUUUUUUAUUUGGAUCGUGUAAUGUGUUUGUGACAUUACAUUUGUAAUUACGAUUCAAUCGGAAAACUCGCAUUUAAUCCUAAAUCCUGUAUUAAUAGUUGUUACUUUAAACUUGUCUUGAGUGAGAUAUUCAGAUUUUAAUGUAGGAUUCGAUGAGAAUUCGCCAAUUGAAUCGUAAUAACAGAUAUAAAUGUCAUAUAUAUAAAUGAUAUAAAUGUCAUAUAUCAUAAUACAACUUAAAAACUUGGAUCUAAUUUUGAAUAAAAAUCUGGGUAUCUUACAUGGGAUAAGUUUUAGGUGACAACUAUUAAUACAAAUCUGAAUAUCUAAUUUGAGAUAAGUUUCAAUCGUUAAUACGGAACUCAGAUUUUUUUUCAGAAUUAGAUGUUUUCAAGUUUUUUAGUUGAAUUAUGAUAUAUAUGACAUUUAUAUCUGUAAUCGUAAUUCUAUUGAAAAACUCACCUAAUUCUGAGUUCAAAUCUGAGUAUUUCAUUUGAGACGAGUUUCAAGUAAUAACUAUUAGUAGUGUGAGCAGCCUAUGAGAAGAAGUUAUGGCACAAGUUAUAUUUCCGUGCCAGUUCCAGUAACAACAUCCUGUACGGUACAUGUUCGUGUUUUAUAUUUUGUUUGAGAACUGAAGAAACUGAAGAAACACGCGAUGCUCCUAAUACUAUUUAUAGCGCGUUUAAGAAUGCACAAUUAUUUAAAGAAUUUGUACAUAGUAAAAAUUUAGUGUUCAUAUAUAUGAAAUAUCUUUAAUCGAAUUUCACGGUUGGUUUUAACUAAUAUAAGCAUUACGUAACUAGAAGCAGAAAUUGCGAAUUCGACACUUUUCAAAUAGAAGAAGAAAAAGAAGCUGGACCGUCAAUGUUCAGUACCGUUUCGGAACUUUGUUAUUCAUGAUACUAUUCGCUGUAUGCCAAUUUAUUGAAUUUAUGGUAAUGCGAAGCUGACUGUAAAAUCAUUUUGGCUGUGAAUCGUCCAUUUCUUUACAAACACCACCAAUUAAACAUCCAUCCAACGAUUGUCACUCGCAACGGUUUGUAACAGUUAUUCUCCGCAUAAUUUUACACGCGUUCCUUUGCGAUAUUCCUAAGACGAGUAUGAUAUCGUGUGUCAUCUUGCGAAGAUGAUACUUGUUUUGUAUAGUUGCCUAAAAACAAACUGACAGAUAGAAAUGGAAUCUCUAUAAACCGAAGACUGAAUAUUAAGGAAUUUAAUCCGUGAAACUAGCAAGAAGAAAACUCGGCGAGAAAAAUCGGCGACAACGCCAUGCUUUCCUCUUGCGAGUACGAUUACCACCGACUUUUUGCGUAAAUGCAUAUGCAUGUAAUACUUUAAUUGUACGAAAAAUUCUUCGCGGCUACGAUGCGCAAUAUUAUAUUGUAAAUAACGUUUGAUUAUGUUUUUUUUUUUUUAAGAUGAACAAACUUAGUUCGUUGAAGCGCAUUGAAGUGACUUGAGAGACUUUAUACUAAUUCUUUAUUAUUAUAUUAUUUUUACUUUUAUAUACUGAUUUUCUUCGAAAUUAUAUAAAGUUCACAAUAUACAUAUACAUAUACAUAU